AUGGCCUUCCAGUUGGACGACCUACUAAAAGAAGAUAAGAAGGAUGCAAACUUAUUACCUGAUCUGAGCAAAGCAACUUGUAAUUCUCAAGAAGAAUUUCGACGACUUUUCGAGAAUUGCCCCGAAUUUAAAAUUAAACCAGAGAAGGUGAAAAAGGACGAUGCAAAAGUACGCGAUAAAGAAUUUUCCUGGAAGCCAACUAGAAAAGAAUUGAAAGCGCUUGGAAAAGAAUGGAACUAUGGAAAUCCAAUACCACCAGAUAUGAGAGAUUUAAACCUUCACGAAUUACAACAGGUUGCUAUUGAUUGGAGAAUGUUAACACCACUCAGACCAAAGCAUCGACAAGAUGAAGAAAUGUUUUCUAGAUUGGUGGAAAUGGGAAAACUGGAAGCGAAAACAAUCGCUAGAGAAAGACGAUCAGUUAUAAGUCCUAUUAGACGUAGUAAAAAUCGUGCCGGUAUGAUUGAAAGUAGCGUGAAAAUUUGUAGUGAGUGUGGAGAAGAAUAUUGCUUUGGUGAGUUUUGUGGCGAUGUUCUGUACGAUUUAUUUGUAAGGGUAACUAUUACGUCUCAACAACCGAAAGUCAAAGUAUCCGCUGAUACCGAAGCAAUAAUAGCUAAUAUGGAUCGUAAGAAGAAGCGCAAGAGAAAGAAACGAAUUAAAAGUAAAAUUAGAUCAUCUAGGAAAAGUGGUAGACUGUUAAUACGAAGUAAAGAAAUGAAAUCUAUAGCUAAUGAUCUAGGAAUAAAAAAUAAUAAAGGUAAAGUCGAGAACAAUGAAGGUGGUUCAAAACCUGUUAAACCAUUUAAAAGAAAAUGCAGCAAAUAUACGAAAAAAGGAUUUCGAAAAACAGUGUGA